CAAAUGUGUACACAUGAAUUUUGUCAAAAAUAUUGAAAAGAAAUGCAUUAAGUAGUAUAACUAAAUCCAAUCCCUAAAAACAAAGGGACGAUGAAACACUCCACGUGGAUACCUAAAGUGAAGAGGGAUCCGCGAUUACCCAAAUUAUGCAUCAGUGUAGGUACUUAAAUUCUUGUAAUUGUGAAGAAACGUUAAAUUGCUUUGAGUCUUCUUAUUCACAAUGUCCUUGUCCGUCGGAGUCUCAAGAAUGGAAAAUAGAGUGCGUAGAAAGAGCGAGGGCCUAUUGCAUGGAAAAGGCGGAGGCCGAAUGCGAAAAAAAGAAACAUUUAUUAGACAAAUGCCGUAAAAACCGGCUCGAAAGGAGUAAACUAAAGCAGGUCCCUGCCAGUAUGGCCCCCGUCAUACCGAUGGUCUGCAGGGAAAAAAGGCAUUCCAGGAGAGCUUGCGAAGACGACGACCGUGCUAAGUUCCUUUCGCUAAAGGCAAGGUUUCAAGCCAUUACAAAAGAAGAACAAGACAGGAUAAAGGCCAAAUGCGAGGAACGAUUGAGGCAAAGGAGGCUACAGCAAUGCGAGGAGAAGGUUUGUCAAACGACAGCCUGCUACAAAGUCGACAGGGGCAUCGACUGCUGCGACCUGAGAAACGACGACAAGACCCUCGAAGAGAGGCUUUGUCAAAUCGAAACUAUGCUAGCAGCCAGCAAAAAUGUAUGCGCCUCUACAGAAACUGAAUGUGGGCUUGCAGAGUGCACGUCGCCAGGUUGCAACUCAGUUCAGCCACUGGGCUAUGAUACAAACUGUUGUGCACAGUACAACGACCAAUUGCAAUGUCCUACUGCCAUCAACCAAUGCCCACCUCUUAACCAGGUCGUCAUGACAGACCUCACAGAUCCGAAGACUGCCAAAUGCAAAGUUAUGAUGAUAGAACAACAACUGUCGAAUCUCGGAUGCCAGAUGAACACUUCAGUCAUAAAUAAAUGCCUUUACCAAGAACAGAUCUCAAAACUCGAAGAAGAAAUCGUCAAUACAAAAAGAGCCUACUUCACCAUACUUAUGUCAGAAUUAAAUACUUUACAGAAAGAUUUAGAAGCUCAAGAAUGUCUACAAACCUUGUCUGGGAAGAAGGAAAAUUCUGAUCUCCAGAAAACUGCAUCCAAGACCUCCCUCAAAAAAAAGAAAGGUAAAAAGCCAGGUAGUGCAAAAUCUGGUAAAAGUAAAAAACCGGGUAGUAAACCAGGCUCUGUUGGCAAGAAAAAGGUUACUUUACCAAAAAAGUAAUUGAUCCAUAUUUACCAAUAAAGAAAUUUGUCACUCUGUCUUCUGUA